GGUCACAGCACAGGGUCCGAGCACAGGGUCCCAGCACAGGAUCCCAGCACAGGGUCCGAGCACAGGAUCCCAGCACAGGGUCCGAGCACAGGGUCACAACACAGGGUCCCAGCACAGGGUCCGAGCACAGGAUCCCAGCACAGGGUCCCAGCACAGGGUCCCAGCACAGGGUCCCAGCACAGUAUUCCAGCACAGGGUCCCAGCACAAGGUCCCAGCAGAGGAUCACAGCACAGGAUCCCAGCACAGUGUCCGAGCACAGGAUCCCAGCACAGGGUCCGAGCACAGGAUCCCAGCACAGGGUCCGAGCACAGGAUCCCAGCACAGGGUCCGAGCACAGGAUCCCAGCACAGGGUCCGAGCACAGGAUCCCAGCACAGGGUCCGAGCACAGGAUCCCAGCACAGGGUCCGAGCACAGGAUCCCAGCACAGGGUCCGAGCACAGGAUCCCAGCACAGGGUCCGAGCACAGGAUCCCAGCACAGGGUCCGAGCACAGGAUCCCAGCACAGGGUCCGAGCACAGGAUCCCAGCACAGGGUCCGAGCACAGGAUCCCAGCACAGGGUCCGAGCACAGGAUCCCAGCACAGGGUCCGAGCACAGGAUCCCAGCACAGGGUCCGAGCACAGGAUCCCAGCACAGGGUCCGAGCACAGGAUCCCAGCACAGGGUCCGAGCACAGGAUCCCAGCACAGGGUCCGAGCACAGGAUCCCAGCACAGGGUCCGAGCACAGGAUCCCAGCACAGGGUCCGAGCACAGGAUCCCAGCACAGGGUCCGAGCACAGGAUCCCAGCACAGGGUCCGAGCACAGGGUCCCAGCACAGGAUCCCAGCACAGGAUCCCAGCACAGGGUCCCAGCACAGGGUCCCAGCACAGUGUCCCAGCACAGGGUCCCAGCACAGAAUCCUAG